AUGAAUAGAUUAACAACUGAUCAAAAACAAAAGUGUGUGGAUUUUAUGAGCAUCACCCAAUCAAAUGAAAUAAAGGCAAUUCAAUAUUUAAGAGAUGCCGGUUGGAAUCCAGAAAAUGCCAUUGACAGAUAUUAUUCAAACCCAGCAAAUAUUACAGAGCCAAGAUUAGAUAAAAAAGCUAUUGAGGCUUUAUUUAAAAAAUAUAAAGAUGAUGAGGAUUCAAUUUCAGAAAAUUUAGUUAAUCUUAUCAAGGAUGUAAAUAUUUCAGAAGAAUUUAUGGAAUUUGCAUUCCUUUGGAAAUUUAAAGCUAAACAAAUGGAUUCAAUUUCAAAAAAUGAAUUUAUAGAUGCAAUGGAAAAAACAAUUAAAUGUGAUAGUCUCAAAUCAUUGGGAAAUUAUUUUGUUCAAGUCAAACAGCAAUUAUUAUCACCAGAACCAAAUAACCCACACUUUAAAGAAUAUUAUCAAUAUAUUUAUGAUUUAGGUAAAGCUACUAAUCAAAAAAAUGUUUCACUUCAAAUGUGUAUUGAACUCUGGACAAUUGUAUUAAAACCAAAAUUCGCAGAUAUUCAAAUUUGGUUUGAUUUCUUAAACUCAAAUCAUAAAUUAGCAAUCUCAAAAGAUACUUGGAACCUAUUUUUAGAUUUUAUUAGAAUUGCAAAUGAUGAUAUCUCAAAAUAUGACUCAGAUGGUGCUUGGCCUGUAUUAAUCGAUGAGUUUGUUGAUUAUUAUAGAACACAUAAAAAAUAA